AUGCGUGCCGUCGUCUAUCAAGCUCCCUUCUCUGUUGAUGUCAAGGAUGUCGAGAACCCGAAAAUCCUCCAUCCCGACGACGUCAUCGUCAAAGUGACGACCAGCUGCAUAUGCGGCAGUGACUUACACAUGUACGAGGGACGUACCGGUGCACAGCCAGGGAUUGUAUUUGGCCACGAAAACAUGGGUAUUGUCGACGAAACGGGAGAAGGUGUACAGCUCUUGAAGAAGGGCGACCGCGUUGUCAUGCCCUUCAAUGUAGCCUGUGGUCGCUGCCUCAACUGCGAGACAGGCAAGUCCGCUUUCUGUACGCACGUUAACCCAGGAUUCGCGGGAGGAGCGUAUGGCUACGUAGCCAUGGGUCCGUAUCAAGGCGGACAAGCAGAAUACGUGCGCGUGCCGUUCGCCGACUUCAAUGCGCUGAAGCUCCCUCCCGGUACGGAACACGAGGAUGAUUUUGCGUUGCUCGCAGAUAUCUUCCCAACGGGCUGGCACGGAGUUGAGCUAUCCGGUUUCCGGCCCGGCGAAUCCGUCGCCGUCUUCGGCGCGGGCCCCGUCGGCCUCAUGGCAGGAUACUCCGCGCUCCUGCGGGGCGCAUCCGAGGUGUACGUCGUCGACCGCGUCCCCGCCCGCCUCGAGAAGGCGCGGGAGAUCGGUUGCACUCCGGUCGACUUUUCGAAGGGGAGCGCUGUGCAGCAGAUUUUGGACCUGCGUGGCGGACAUGAAGUGGACCGUGGAGUCGACGCCGUCGGAUACCAAGCUGCAGGAGCAGACGGGAAGAGCGAGCAGCCAAAUGCGGUACUCGAGGCGCUCAUCGCCGUCGUCCGCCCUACAGGCGGCCUAGGCAUUCCAGGGCUUUACGUCCCUACCGACCCCGGCGCUCCUGAUUCAGCUGCAGCGAAGGGUUACAUCUCCUUCCCGUUCGGCAAGCUCUUCGAGAAAGGCCUCACCAUUGGGACGGGCCAGUGUAACGUCAAGUCGUAUAACCGAUAUCUCCGCGACCUCAUCAUCGCAGGCAAAGCAAAGCCUUCUUUCGUCGUGUCGCACAACUUGCCUCUUGGUGAGGCAGCGAGCGCGUACGACAAGUUUGACAGGCGCGUGGAGGGGUACACGAAGGUGCUUCUGCAUCCUUAAGUUUGUUGACCGCAAGGGCAGAUGAGUAUCGUAGCUCUGGAGGAAAGUUUGUAAGUUAGUGUUUGUCACGAAUGGGAUCUCUCCGUCAAGUACUUUCAA